CCACUGGUGGAAUAAAAGUGCAAAAGAGCUGAGUCAGAAAGACUUUCAGUGCCUGGUAUUCUCGUGCCAAGAUGGAUGAAACGCAUAACAACAGGACUUCCUUGGUCAAAGGUGCCAAGGACAUCGCAAAGGAAGCCAAGAGGCACGCUGCCAAAAAUUUCAACAAAGCUGUUGAUCGCGCCUCGGAUGAAUACUCAGCCCACCGCAGCUACAACCGCUUCCAGAACGACGACGACGAAGAGGACAACUACAACAGCUACGCUCAGCAAGACGGCCGCUACGCCGACAACGCGGCCAACGACGAGGACGGGGCCUCCAGCGACGCCACGGAGGGCCACGACGACGAAGACGAGAUCUACGAGGGGGAGUACCAAGGCGUGCCCGCCUACGGCGACGGCAAACCGCGGGACGGUCAGGCGGCGGCGGGCCAGCCGGUCUCCGACAGCCUGAAGAGCCGCAAGGAGCUGGAGAAUGAGAGGCAGGCGGACGAGGAGGAGCUGGCGCAGCAGUACGAGCUCAUCAUGCAGGAGUGCGGCCACGGGAGGUUCCAGUGGCAGCUGUUCUUCGUGCUCGGCCUGGCGCUCAUGUCCGACGGCGUGGAGGUCUUCGUGGUGGGCUUCGUGCUGCCCAGCGCGGAGACGGACAUGUGUGUCCCCAACUCUGGCGCCGGAUGGCUCGGCAGCAUCGUGUAUCUGGGGAUGAUGUUCGGAGCCUUCUUCUGGGGCGGCCUGUCGGACAAGGUGGGCCGAAAGCAGUGCCUGCUCAUAUCCAUGUCUGUCAACGGCUUCUUCGCCUUCCUCUCCUCGUUCGUCCAAGGCUACAGUAUGUUCCUCUUCUGCCGCAUGGUGUCUGGCUUUGGGAUUGGUGGGGCGGUACCGAUCGUGUUCUCGUAUUUUGCGGAGGUUUUGGCUCGGGAGAAGAGAGGGGAGCACCUGAGCUGGCUCUGCAUGUUCUGGAUGAUCGGAGGAAUCUACGCCUCAGCCAUGGCCUGGGCCAUCAUCCCCCACUACGGCUGGAGCUUCAGCAUGGGGUCGGCCUACCAGUUCCACAGCUGGCGAGUGUUUGUGGUGGUGUGCGCGCUGCCGUGCGUCUCUGCGGUGGUUGCUCUCACGUUUAUGCCCGAGAGCCCGCGCUUCUACCUGGAGACGGGCAAACACGACGAGGCCUGGAUGGUGCUGAAGCAGAUCCACGACACCAACAUGCGCGCCCGCGGAGAGCCCGAGAGAGUCUUCACUGUGAACAGGAUCAAAAUCCCCAAACAGCUGGACGAGCUGGUGGAGAUGCAGAAUGAAUCAGCCAACCCGGUGCUCAAGGUCCUCUUCAAGAUCAAGGCCGAGCUCAGAGGAAUCUGGUUGACUUUCAUGAGAUGCUUCAACUACCCGGUGAAAGACAACACGGUGAAGCUGGCCGCAGUGUGGUUCACGCUUUCCUUUGGGUACUACGGACUCUCGGUGUGGUUCCCGGACGUGAUCAAGCACCUUCAGGCCGACGAGUACGCCUCGCGAGUCAAGAUCCACAACAACGAGCGAAUCGACGAUUUCACCUUCAACUUCACCCUGGAGAACCAGAUCCACCGGAACGGAGUCUUUCUGAAUGACAGGUUCAUCAGCAUGAAGUUCAAGGCGGUCACUUUCAUUGACUCGUCUUUCCUCAACUGCUUUUUCGAAGAUGUUUCAUCGGUGGGAUCCUCCUUCAAAAACUGCACCUUUGUGGACUCUUUCUUUUACAACACUGACAUUGACGAUGCCAAGCUGACGAAUUCCAGGGUGAUCAACAGCUCCUUCCACCACAACAAGACGGGCUGCCAGAUGACGUUCGACGACGACUACAGCGCCUACUGGGUCUAUUUCGUCAACUUCCUGGGAACGCUGGCCGUGCUGCCCGGAAACAUCGUCUCCGCCCUCCUGAUGGACAAAAUAGGGCGCCUGAGCAUGUUAGGAGGCUCCAUGGUGCUCUCGGGCAUCAGCUGCUUCUUCCUGUGGUUCGGGACCAGCGAGUCCAUGAUGAUCUUCAUGCUCUGCCUCUACAACGGGCUCAGCAUCUCCGCCUGGAACUCUCUGGACGUGGUCACGACCGAGCUGUACCCGACGGACAGGAGGGGCACGGGCUUCGGCUUCUGCAACGCCAUGUGCAAGCUGGCGGCGGUGCUGGGCAACCUCAUCUUUGGAUCGCUGGUCGGCAUCACCAAGGCGAUCCCCAUCCUGCUGGCGUCGGCCGUGCUGGUCGGCGGCGGGCUGGUGGGGCUCCGGCUGCCAGACACACGGGCCAACGUCCUCAUGUAAACCUCGGCACUGACCGGCCCGCUGUUUACCAGGUAUUUACUCAGCGUCCUGAACAAUGAAUCGUCCAGGAAACGAGCUUUGCUGCCAUAAUUAUUAUUUGA